UCUUGAAAUAUAUCUUUGAUUUCGUACCACUUUUCAUUAAAUAUUCGCUUCAGUUUUUAAAAAUGUAUUUGCAUCUAUAUUUUCAUACAUGAUGUUGUUGAUAUUGCGACAACAAUCAAUAAUUUGAAGCCUAUUGCUCCGUUGCCCUUGGUGAAUAUGAAGCUAAAAUGGCGACCACCAAAACCUCAUCUGUCAAAACAAAAUGAAGAUGAUGUUUUCGUGUGACAUGGUGGUCUGCAAUUGUUACUUGUGUAAUCAUGUUGAGGUUUAACAAUUAUUGCGACUGGGGCCAUGCAUAGUUUGGACUGAAGUGCAACAGCAGUUAUGAAACGUUUCCACCCGAAGAUUGUGCCAGUUAUUCUUUGUGAUAGCCGUAUUUAUACCCAAAACAACAAGUUUAUUCGAUGAUAGUUCACAGAAAUGUCGGACCAGGAAUCAACAAGUGAAUCUGCAUCGGAGACUGACGAAUUCGAUGACAAUGAGGAUGAAUUUCAAAACUCGGAAUACCAUUUCGCUCAUUGUGUAAUUCCCGAUGAAGAAGGCAAACACCAGGAAGAAAGUUCGACAUCAAAAGUAAAUUUACUAUAUACUUUGCUGGGGUCAAGUGAAGAAGGUCUGUACCCAUAUUACAGUAUACAUAACAUAUAUUCUGAUGACUGGGAGGAAUCUGUGACUGGAUGGAAGGAUGUCGCCCCAAAUCCGAAAUAUCACACGCAAAAGAAAAGGCAAAAACAUGCGGAGUCAGGAAAGUACAAAGUUGCAAACUCAGCUGGGAAGAGUAUUGAUAAUGUCAAAAAGAAAGAACAUGAGACACAGCCUGUGUGGAAAGCUAAUGUUGAACCUGUUACCUACAGAUAUGUUCAGAAUAAUGGCCAGUAUCGGUUGCAUAAAUUUUGCAAAGAAGACCGGGACUGGUACACGGUAAGAAGGAAAAAUGCUGAAAGAGUCUCACCUUCACUGAAGACCAGGUACAUGCAAAGAGAAAUAAAACGACUGAUGAAAAGGGAUUUCAGUAGAAAGUCUGUUCCAGAUGAGAGUAUUUCAGAGGGUAAUCGUACUAAAAGAUCCCAAAGUACAACAUCAGAAGGACACAGAAGAACAACAACAUCACCAUAUUCCAGUUUGGUGAAGAGUGCUAGUGAUUUGUACAUAGAAAAUAUAUCAUCCCGUCUAGAUGAACUUGAUGAAGAAAUUAAGAGAGAUUCUCAGCUUAGGAAAAGCCAGGAUGAACAGACUAGAAUGUUUCCUUUUAAUUUAAUGAAAGGAAAACAGAACAAGAAACUGAGCGACGUUACUGCAAGAGCCUCACAUGAUACACAGAGUGUUCAAAGCGCCUUCAUCAUCACUCCAGUUGGCCGCCAGGACGCGUUAAGACCACUUGAAAAGAUUACACCACAGCAGCGAAUGAAAGAAGAUUUGGUGAGAUUCCCUGAACAGACACUUAAUGAAUCUGGAGGUGGUGACAUGAGUGAAAACAACAGCCAACCCCGAAAACAAAGUGGGAAUAAUUCUGAGGCUGAUGUUGAUACACUUCGGAUACUACCUCUUUCAGAAACAUCAAACGCAUACAUUGGUCAGAUCAUAAAAGGCAAGCAGGAGAAUUCAGGCAUCCUUGGAACAUCCAAACUGCCACUUGGAAGAAGAAUUGGAGGUCGUUUUGUGUCAUCAGUGGCUGUAGAUGAUGUUAAUCUCAGUGAUGUAGAUAGUAAGGCUUUAUGUGAUGAUAGAAGUGCUCACCAUCCUCGAGGUAGAAAUGUCCGAGACCCAAACUUGCCAGAGAUUUCAGGGAGAAGACUAGAAGUGUCUGUUACAAAUUACAGAUUACUUUAGAUAUGCAGGAUCUUUUAUCGGGUGGUUAAAAAUAUGAACUAAACUGUCAUUAAUUUCCUGGAUUGCUAUUGAAAUGGACAGUUUUAAAAUCAAUACCUGUAAUUACAACAUAUAUAUGUGCUUGGUAAAUGAAUACCAAUUUUGAUUCGUUACGAUACACUGGCCUAAAUACAAUUGUAGUAAUUACUGUAAUACCACACUCAGUAUACAGUGAUGUUCACAUAUAUAAAACUAAAAGUGAGAAAAUUAUUUCUGAAACUAUUUCAGCUGGUAUACACAGCACUCUACCCACUGAUCAACUCAAAUCUACAAUUAUGAUUAAGUCUACAUUCAUUUCCUUCAAUGAUGGAAUACAGCUCGGUUACAUGGAGAAUGUAAGUUUUGUGUACUGUGCUGAUAAAUAUCGUAUCAGGACAGUUGUAUCACAGCUCUGGUUCAUAUUUGUGUAUUCACCAGAAGAAUUGUGUAGAAGUAUUGCAUUUGUACUAUCAUUCUUACUGUUUAUGUUUUUUAGCAAGUAGUUGUAACUACUAUUCUUUCUUUACAUGAACUCCCAGUUUUUCUAAGUAGUUUAUGAAGACAGCUACUUGACAGUUAUCAUGAAAGCUUAUUAUGUUGGUAUGUUACCUGCUCCAUAUUAGGUUUAAAGUUCAGGGAAAUUAUUGACGUUCUUCCUUAUUUCAUGUUCAGGAUCUUGUGAUGAUUAUAAUUGUGUUCAUGAUGCUUUGAAGACCAGUGUUCAUGAUUGUGUCAGUAUUCGUGAUAUUAACUGACAUGAAGACUGUUUUGAUGUGAAGACAUUGAAGAUGCAUGUUCAUGAAGAAACAUGUUCAUGAUGUGAAGGCAACAUGUUCAUGAUGUGAAGGCUACAUGUUCAUGAUGUGAAGGCAACAUGUUCAUGAAGUAAAGGCAACGUGUUCAUGAUGUGGAUGUGCAAUGUUUAGUGUGCAUGUUUAUCAUGUUUAUGGUGGGACACUGUUCAUGAUGUCAAUACCCAAUGUUCAUGCGGGAACUUGAGGGUGUCAGUUCAUGCAAUAUAAAGAUUUGCCUUCAGUCUUCUGAUGCAAACAACAUUUCGACAAGUUGUGUGUUGUCUUGCAUGAUGAUCACAAUUCCAGCUGUGCCUGACAUUUUUGACAUCGUGAAGUUGCAUUCAUCAGCUGUUCAUCUUGUUCCUCAUCAUCUGUUCUACAUAUGAUACAAGCUGCAUGUCCAUUUGUGAUGAGAACACUUUUCAUCAGUGCCUUCCAAAGGAGUUGUUAAAGCAGGAUUAUGUGCAAAAAGAUGUAUCUUGUUAGUACUGAGUACAGUGGUUUGGAUAUUUAAUACUCACUGCCAGUAGAAACAGUUUUACUUAGCUGAUAAUCAGUAAAUCAUGUGUACAUGUAUUCAAAGCUGUUUAUAAAGUUAGUUUAACUGCUUGUUCUCUGCAUGAUUAACUACCAUCGGGCCUGUGAUCUGCAUGAUUAGCUGGGAAACAGCCUGUGCUAUGCAUGAUUAACUGUGAUAUGGUCUGUGCUGUGCAUGAUUCACAGUGAUGCGGCCUGCACAUGGUGUGCAUGAUUAUCUUGAUAUGGCCCAUACCGAUGAUUAAUUAUGAUGUGAAUGAUUAUCUUGAUAAGGUCUUAUCGUGAUGAUUACCUUGAUAUGGCAAAUAGUGAUGAUUAACUAUGAUGUGCAUUGUUAUCUUGAUACAGCCUAUAAUGGUGAUUACCUGUGGUGUGCAUGAUUAUCUUGAUUUCACCCAUACUGAUGAUUAACUGUGGUGUGCAUGAUUAUCUUGAUACAGCCUAUAAUGGUGAUUACCUGUGGUGUGCAUGAUUAUCUUGAUACAGCCUAUAAUGGUGAUUACCUGUGGUGUGCAUGAUUAUCUUGAUACAGCCUAUAAUGGUGAUUACUUGUGGUGUGCAUGAUUAUCUUGAUACAGCCUAUAAUGGUGAUUACCUGUGGUGUGCAUGAUUAUCUUG